CGCAGAAUCCGCGAGAGGGAGCUGGCCCGGCACCAGAUUCGAAAAACAAGAUUGACGUGUACUUCAGCAAACAUUCUUCUGAUGAAAUAGCUCCUACACCGUGAGUUGCCUCGGGCUCCUUGUCAGCACUGCCUCAUUCCUCGCUGCGAUACGGACUCGUUCCUGGCAUUCAGACUGAGCUCGUGCCUCAAUUGUGCUUCCAGAAUGAAGAGUCCUAGGUUCACCAUAGGACUCUGCGUUGCGUGGAUCUUCGUUUCUGUAGUUUCGGCUGAUACCAAAGCCGUAGUCAGCGUUGUACAAAAAGAAAGUCAAAAUCAUGACCGAACAGACCAGUCGGGUGAUGUCCAACCCACGAAGAUAUUCAAGCCGGAAAAACACUGGAAGAAAGUUCAGCCCGAUGAAGCGAUCCCUAAAGGCUUGCAUGUCCGCAUCAAUAUGCAGACCGGAGAGAAAGAAGCCAAACUUCUCGACGAGACAGAGAACUCGGCCGAUAGCAGGAAACUCACGCCGGAGCAGCUCAAAGUCUACGUGAAAAACGUGAAGAACGAGGCCGACAAAUUAAAAGAGACAGAUACCUCGCAAUUCCGAGACAUGGACACGAUCCGCAAGGAAUUCGAGGAGCUCGAUUUGAAACCCGUGAAAUCCGAUAGUCAUACAAUCCAGGAACUGUUGUCCAUGUUCAGGAGCGAGUCGUCUUCGUCUGGCGAUAGAAUGCAGCAGCUGAAGGAGAUGGAAUAUCUCUUGCAUCAGUACGAUGUCGCCAAGGAUUUCGUGAAAAUGGGAGGCAUACGGGAGCUUCUAGUAUCAUUGAACGAUAGCCACAUUCGGGACAACGCCGCACUCGCUCUAGGAGCUGCUCUGCAAGGGAACCCGGAGGUGCAACGAGCGGCUCUGGCAUCUCAAGGCAUUCACUCGCUACUGGUCUCUCUGAACGAGGGAUGCAGUUCGCAUUGUGUACUCGCUCUCUCGGCGCUCUUGCGUCAGUUUCCGAAGGCCCAAACAGCGUUCCUGUCUGAGGGGGGUCCUCAGAUACUGUCGAAGACAUUCCGUGACUCGGGAUCGAACGAGAAGACGAAAGUGAAGAUCAUAACACUCCUCGGAGAUCUCCUUGUUGAAGGACACCACGCCAAGAGCGGCAAAGAGGGAGAUGUGCUUAGAUCGGCUUAUUCAAAAGUCAUACUGGGUCCCAGCGUCGUUGAUGCCGGUUUUUGUGAACUUAUAUCGGCGUCGCUGUCUUCACGCAACGAAGAUGUCCGGGAGAAGGUUUUGAAUGCUCUACAUUCUCUCAUCGACUAUUGUAAAUUCGACCUUCUGGUGCCCCAGCUCGAAAGCUUGCGCAUUCAUUACAAGACUCGGAUGUUUGAAGACGAUCCCAAACAGGCAGACGAAUAUUUCGAGACUCUCUAUAAGCUCACCGAUGAUCUCGUCAAGCACAUCACGGACGAAUCCCACCAACACAUGGAGCUGUGACUGUGAAUUCUCGUGACUGCUCCGGUGCUCGUUCAUCGGU